AUGGCAAGAAUCGACGGCAGUGUUGUUCAAAAAGGCGACAGGGACUAUGAGGUUCUUGUCGAGGCAGAAAACCACAGGCACUUCCGAUGUAAUCCUUUCCUCAUGCUACCCCACACCCAUGAAAUGUUCGAUGGGGCUGGGUGGAAGAAUUGUGAAAUGCGGAUACAAUUUCGAGUUAUUGGAAUGCCCGAUCCUCCAUACGCUCUCCAAUACGACCCAGGUUUUGUACUAACUACUCUACUGCACCAAUCUCUGAACACAAACGCCCAACGCAAAUUGCCACGCCUCAAGCAACUCUCGCGCCCGGCAUGGCUAAAAUUACAUCAUACACUCUAGGACAAAUUUCACCUCAGCCCACUUCGCUUCCAAAGGUUCACGUCCAUACUCACGAAAGCCCGCCUAUCGUCAAUAGACCUCCCGAAAAUAUUGGUACAGCUAAAGAACCGAAUAUCGGUCACCACGUCUCUGCUGUCUCAGUAGCUAUCAUUGGAACCGACGUAAUUUCUGCGUUCCCUCAUGGAGAACUCGUUAACGAGACAGGUGUUGCCUUCAUACUCCCCGACCAUUCAACGCUUUUGUCUGGGAAUAUCUUAACAAUGGCAGAUGCUGAUGGGAGGGGAAAAUCGGUUGUUUUCUCAGCGGGACCUGGUUUAGGUGCUGAGUCGGGGCAACUGGUCAUCAGUACCAUAGGAGGUUCAACGGCAGCUACGAUCUCGGUAUCAGCAUUGAAAAAAUGGGGCAUUGGGAGGUCCCGUGCCAUGAGUAACGAGUAA